AUGGCUCAGAGACAAAAGGAAAAAGAAAAGCAGAAGGCUUCAGCUUCAGCUUCAGCGUCAGUAUCAGCGGUUACAGAGGAAGCAAGUAAGAGUGUAGCAGUUGAGGAGGACGAUGUUAAUUCCUACACGGUUGUUGAUAAACUUGAGCAAUUUGGAAUAUCCGCUGCUGAUAUCCGAAAACUGAAAGAAGCUGGUUUUUGCACAUUUGAAGCAAUCGCUUAUGCACCACGAAAGGAACUAUACGCUAUCAAAGGCAUAAGCGAACAGAAAGCUGAAAAAAUAUUCGCAGAAGCGGCAAAACUAGUGCCGAUGGGUUUUACCACUGCUAGUGAAGUGCAUGUCAAGCGGUCCGAAAUUAUUCAGAUAGGUACCGGUAGUCGCGAGCUAGAUCGUCUGCUUGGAGGUGGAGUGGAAACGGGAUCCAUCACUGAGAUAUUCGGCGAGUUCCGUACUGGUAAAAGCCAACUUUGUCACACAUUGGCUGUAAUGUGCCAAUUGCCAGUGGAUAUGGGAGGAGCUGAAGGGAAAUGUCUUUGGAUUGAUACUGAAGGUACCUUUCGUCCAGAAAGAUUACUUGCUGUAGCUGAAAGGCACAAGCUAUCUCCUCAAGACGUUCUAGACAACGUUGUUUACGCGCGAUGUUAUAAUACUGAUCACCAAAUGCAGCUUCUCAUUCAGGCAUCGGCCAUGAUGGCGGAAUCAAGGUAUGCAUUGCUUGUUGUCGACAGUGCAACUUCACUGUUUCGGACAGAUUUUUCUGGACGUGGCGAACUUGCUUCUCGACAAAUGAUGCUUGCAAAAUACCUCAGAAUGCUCCUAAAAUUAUCCGAUGAAUUUGGUGUUGCUGUAGUAAUAACUAAUCAGGUGGUGUCACAAGUGGAUGCAGGUUGUGGUAUGUUUCAAGGAGAAACGAAGAAACCGAUUGGUGGGAAUAUCAUGGCUCAUGCUUCUACAACCAGGCUUUAUUUGCGUAAAGGACGCGGUGAAGCACGCAUUUGUAAAAUUUACGAUUCACCGUGCCUUCCAGAAAGUGAGGCGAUGUUUGCCAUAACAACCCACGGCAUUGAUGAUGUUACUGAUUAG